ACUGAGAAUGACAGACGCUUUCAUGUUAUUUAAGUCUAUUGUCUGAGCUGUGUACAUUAUGAAGAGAGAGGAAUAUGAAAUAUUUGUGUCUUGAAUGGGCUCAUUUUUUGCAUUUGGCAGGUGUUGUCUGCUGGUGAAGGAGUUGGUUAAGAGGAGGAUCCCUGCAAUCAGCACAAUCCUGUAGCCUCUAUUCUGUCUGGAAAUAGAAAAUCUGUUUAUCUGAACCAUCUCACAGAGCUGAGCUACACUUCAUGUUUUGUAUCAGGACCUGCUUUCCUUCUUCUUGAAACACGAUAACCACGGACACCUGCCUAAGAAAGUGGAUCCUGGCGGGGUGGGAGGACCCCUGAGGGGGUCAAAGCAUCGUGCUCCUUUAUCAGCUCCUCCUCUUAAAACCUCUACACGGAGCAUUACUGUAACCUCAUCUCCCCCUCGAAUGAUUUAAAGUCGUCUAUUUUAAACAUCUAGACAUCUACUUUAUAGAACUUCUUGGCCUGAGAGCUGCAUGACCUUGUACGUGCCUUUUUACAACAUUUUAAACUCCACGUGUGUGCUACUACAGCAGAGCUAUUCAAAGAUGGGGUUUAAUGGCAUUGUUGCACAUUAUCCAAAACAUUAGAGUCUUGUAGAUCAUGCAACAAACAUUGGUCCAAACCAAGAUGGCCGACAGAAGGCCAGGUAAAAGUUGAAUCAGGUACAAAACCGGGACCAUCUGGAUCUUGGGGGACUAAAUGUACUCAAGCUCUUCAUGAAUCAUCCAUGGAGGUUACUUACUUAAACAGAACGCCGCCUGCUUCAUUGCUGCCGUUGUGGGAGAGGGGUACAGUACCUGGUCGACUGGGAAGGGGCCUACGGUCCAGAAGCAAGAUCCUUGGCCCUUGCUCUAUACAUUCUGGAUGUCCCUCCCAUCAGGGAGUUUCGCAAGGGUCCUGCGCCCGCUGGGACGAGCCAGGAUGAAGAUGUCUGCUGAUGAUAUUCAUAUUAGAAAUAUUUCCUCCAGGGCUUCUUUAAUGCAUUCCUUUGAGGGAUCACAGAGACAAACGAGUCACCUCAAGGCGACAAGAGAAGCCAGUUUGAGGAGUUUUGGAGAAUGUCAAAGUGACAUCAGUCUUCUGGGCGUGAAGAGAAGCAGCAGCAUAAAGGACGGAGACGGAGACACAGCAGGCACAUCUUCCUGAGAGACGUCACUGACCUCCAUCCUCAGAGCUCCAUCUCCCUGCUGCUCCACCCGACCUCCACAAGAGUCUCUCCACCUGCUGCUGCCUCUUCUCCACCAUGAAGACAGGUGCUCUGCUCCUCCUGCUGGCAGUUGCUGCCAGCCAGGUGGACGUCUCCAUGUCUCAAACAUUUUAUCUUGCUGGUGGAGUGUUGAGCAUCAGCUCGUGUCCCAUCACCUUCUAUGGACACUCGUUCUCAUGGAUGGACGUAAGGUUGAGGGAUUCUUUGGCAAUUUGUUUCUUGGACAGCGCCAACGAUCCACCUCAAAACUGUGUGACGCUGAAUCAAACCAGAUCAAACGUGGCGAAAGUGGCGGCUAGUAUAACUGUAACCCCAGCAUCAUUAAUUCCUCUGCCUAACAUAACGGGAACAGCAACUUGCAAGGUGGUACUUAAUUUCCUAAGAGAUGCCGUUAGUACGUUUACAAUUACUUUCCUUAAAUUUGGACCACAAACAGCUUCUUCAUUCCAGGCUACCACUGCUCCUACCUCAGAUUCUUUGCUGACUGCGAAGGUCGGGAACCUGAUUGUGGAUUCAUGGACCCUUAGUCCCCAACAACUGACUAGUAAAUUUAAUGCUGAUUUGAGCUCCUGCAGAGACUCAGGUGUUCCUAUACGAUACGGUGAGAAGUUAUCGGACUUCCCAGAGAACUGUACCAGUACAGUCUGCUCUAAGUCUGCAGUCCUCGGUUCCGUCAGUUCAUGUGACGCCGGAUGGUCUUGCCUCGGAAACAACACGUGUGAACCCCCCCCCCCAUCUGUGUGCACCGUGACUGGCUCCACCCUCAUCGACUUCCACGGCGAGGUCCACUCGGUGGAGGAUCGCUGUGAAUACGCUCUGAUGAAGUCUGGAGGAGGACCUGGUGUGGUUCUCAUCGGGGGGUUCCGUGAGCGACGCCGUACUGAUGUGUCCUUCUUGGACUACUUGACAAUAAGUCAGAAAACUGGAGACAUUCAUCUGGAACAAGGUGGAAGAGUCCGGGUUGGUGACCAGAUCCUGGAUCUCAACACCACGCCUCAGCGGUUCUACGGCGUGGAGCUCUCCAAGGACCAGACUGGAGUGACGGCCAAGCUGUCUGCCCCCAACAUGAGGGUUGUGUUUGAUGGCAACACGGCACACGUGUCAGGACCAUAUGUUUCCUUAAAGGGUUUGUGUGGUAACCCCACUAAUAAAGGCUUGACCACCACCUUGAGUGCUGAACGGAUCUCAUCGGCUGGCUGUGACACUCUGCACACCGACACCAUCGACAGUUCCAUCAACUGCAGCCGCUCAGCUGACCGCUGUGAGCUCCUGAAUCAGCCCCCCUUCGAUGCUUGUCACCAACACAUCGACACGGACGCCUACGUGGCCGCCUGCAACAACACUUUGUGCGUCUACCCGGCGGUGGACGGUCUCCACUGCCAGUUUCUGGAGGCCUACGCCGAGUCCUGCAGCCUGAAGGAGGUCCCACUGGGGGACUGGAGGACAACGGUCCAAUGCCCUGCUGUCCCUCAGGUCUCCUGUCUGGACCAGUACUGCAGUGAGCACGAGUUCUGUGGAGAACUCCUCGGUGAAGCCAGCUGCUUCUGUCGGGCCUUAUUUGCCUCCAAGUUCAACCCGACCAACUCGUUAGGCGAGCAGACAGUCUGCAAGGAGAACUCUGCCACUGUGACUCUGGCUGAAUGUCUGCUGCAGGGCCGAGGCAUCAACUCCUCCGUCCUCCACCUCAAUGACCCCAACUGCAAAGGUCACUUGGACCCACAAACCCACAAGUUGGAGUUCAGCUUCGACACCAGCAACACCUGUGGGGCUGAGGUUUCGAUGAACAACAGCCAAAUCCUCUACAAGAACACCAUCAUGACAAAGAACGGCUCUCAGAACGGCGUCAUCACCCGGAAAGACCAAGUACAGAUCGACUUCUCCUGCUUCUACACAAAGCCAGACGUCCAGAGCCUGUCCUUCAGGAUCAAAGACAGCUCUGUGGUACUGCAGGUCGUAUCCGGACCUUGGAACUACACCCUGACGAUGGCCGCCAACACCGACGGAGGACUCCAGAACCUCGUGGAGUCGAGCACCGAGCUCCAGCUGAACCAGAAGGUGUGGCUGCAGCUGAAGGCGGACGGGCUGGACGGCGACGCGGUUGCCAUGGUGACCGACUCCUGCUGGGCCACCACCCAGCCGUCCACCGACAGCAGCCCGCGAUACGACCUCGUCAUCGCCGGAUGCCCCAACAAAGCCGACCAGACGGUGACGGUGGAGGGAAACGGACUGGGAACCUCCAACGUCUUCUCUUUCAACGUGUUCCAGUUCUCUGGAGAAACAUCUGCCAUCUAUCUGCACUGCAAAGUGGAGCUGUGCCCCAAAGAGGGAACAACCUGUGCUCCGACCUGCCCUGCAAGCAGUAAAAGGAGGCGCAGGUCUUCCAGGUCCAACACUGCAGAGGGAGACCCAGCCCUCAUCACUAUGGCCUGGAGUAAUUAAAGGCCGCUCCCUUCUGACCUUUGACCUGCUGAUUCCUGACAGAAGCUCCAUCAACCAGCCUCAAACCUCACGGCUCUUCAACAGAUGUUUGAAGAUGUUGCUGCUGUGAAACAACGCUGGCAGGUCUUCAUGUGGUCACCUGGGACGAUGCUUUCAUUCAUUCUUUAUAUUUCCAAUGAUUCUUGCUAAUUAUUACGAGAUUUAGAAAUGAAACAUAAUCUCUGGUGAAAUAAAUGAUAGAAAAAUAGAAUGAAAAACCAAUCAAAGAGGGUUUUAAGGGUCUGGUGCUUUAAAUACAUAUUAAUUCACUUCUUUAAGCAGCCUGAAUGAACCUGGUGGAAGCAGCAACAGAAUCUGCUGACAUGGAAGUUACUCUGAGUGAAGGUUGUCAGUGCAAACUGUGACUGUUAUUACACAAGGACGUGCUGUUGUUUAUUAUGUUAUUACUAAGAGCAAAGAAAACACCAAAAAUAUAAUAAAGGGAGUGGGAAAACCAACAUGAGCGUCAAUGAUUAUUUCAUCUUUUAUUCUAAACUUUGUGGCCUCUAAAUCCAAAGUUGUCAAUGUAAAUAUUUCAAUGGAAGCAUUGGUGACAUCCAGUUAGAACCAAGUAGAUGAAACCAAUCAGGCUCAAUGUGCAACAUACAACAUUUACUUAUGGAAUUGUUGUUGAAUAUCUGUAUUCUGCAAUAUGCAGUUGGGUUAGUGGAGCAUCGUUGAGACCUUU